UGUCCGUUUGACCCCGGAGUGUUUCGUCCGUUUAUCUAACACGUCCCGGUGGUUUCCAUUAACUCACGUGCUGCUGGUCGCAGCUGCGUCACGCGAGCUCAAAACACGCCGAAGAAAGAGCGCGCGCGAGUGAAGAAAGAAGGAAAAAAACCAACGGUUACUACACUGCCACCGAAACCGCAUCAACAUACAUGACGUUUUCUCUACGCUCCUAGCAAUAUUCCCUUCAUAGACGAACAAGACCGUAUAAGGCAGAAUAUCAGGGAUGGACGUGAAAGAUCAGGGAGCGCAGAUGGAGCCGCUGCUUCCUGCGGUUCAGAGUCCUGCUAGUGAUAACGGGAGAAACGAUGAGGAAGCCGUGCUGGACAGGGGCGGGACUCGGUCCAUGCUCAACACAAAUUUUGAGAAAGAGGAGCUAGAAGGCCACCGUACCCUCUACAUUGGGGUGCAUGUACCACUGGGUCGGAGGUCACACAGACGGCAUCGUCACCAUGGACAUCGCCACAGGAAGAGGUCACGGGAGAGAGACUCUGGAACUGAGGAUGGCAGAGAAUCACCUUCAUAUACAGACACACCGUCUCAGCGUGUACAGUUCCUGCUGGGAAUGGAGGAUGACGAGGAACACAUUCCUCACGCUCUCUUCACAGAGCUGGACGAAAUCUGCCUGAAAGAGGGAGAGGAUGCGGAAUGGAAAGAGACGGCGAGAUGGCUGAAGUUUGAGGAGGAUGUAGAGGAUGGAGGGGAGAGGUGGAGUAAGCCAUAUGUGGCUACUCUUUCCCUUCACAGUCUGUUUGAGCUGCGGAGCUGCAUCCUCAACGGCACCGUCAUGCUGGACAUGAGGUCCAACUCACUGGAGGAGAUCGCAGAUUUGGUUUUGGACCAGCACGAGAUGUCAGUUUCUUUGGGAGAGGAGUUGAGGAAGAAGAUCCGAAAUGCUCUCCUUAAACAGCACCACCAUCAGAACCAGAAGAAACUGGCUAACCGGAUCCCCAUCGUACGCUCUUUCGCAGAUAUCGGCAGGAAGCAAUCCGAACCGCACUCCAUGGAUGAGAAUGGUCAGAUGGUGUCUCCUCAGGCUCAGCCCACCACUACAGAAGGACGUGCGGAUGGCAGUCGUGAGAACAGUGCUGUUGACUUCAGCAAAAUAGACCUCCACUUCAUGAAGAAGAUCCCACCCGGAGCCGAGGCAUCCAACAUCUUGGUGGGUGAACUGGAGUUUCUAGAGAAACCUGUGGUGGCCUUCAUCCGUCUGUCCCCCGCUGUGCUGCUCAAUGGCCUGGCAGAGGUCCCCAUCACCACCAGGUUUCUCUUUAUUUUGCUGGGGCCAAUGGGGAAAGGGCCUCAGUACCAUGAGAUUGGCCGCUCAAUUGCCACGCUCAUGACAGACGAGGUGUUCCAUGAUGUAGCUUAUAAAGCAAAGGAUCGUUCUGACCUUGUGGCAGGAAUCGAUGAGUUUUUGGAUCAGGUGACUGUGCUGCCCCCAGGCGAGUGGGAUCCUACCAUCAGAAUAGAGCCGCCCAAAAACGUGCCCUCACAGGAGAAACGGAAGGUUCCUCCUCUGGCCAAUGGAGGGGCUGAUCUGGGGGAGGCCGAGGAGCACGGAGGCCACGGAGGACCAGAGCUACAGCGCACAGGGAAGUUUUUUGGCGGUUUUUUUCUGGACAUCAAGCGUAAGGCUCCUCGGUACCUGUCAGAUUACACAGAUGCCAUCAGUUUGCAGUGUCUCGCCUCCUUCCUUUUCCUGUACUGCGCCUGCAUGUCUCCUGUUAUCACCUUCGGAGGUCUGCUGGGAGAAGCUACAGAAGGACGCAUAAGUGCAAUAGAGUCUCUGUUUGGAGCCUCUAUGACGGGUAUAGCAUAUUCUUUGUUUGCUGGGCAGCCCCUCACUAUCUUGGGCAGCACAGGACCUGUCUUGGUCUUUGAGAAAAUCCUCUUCAAAUUCUGCAAAGAGUAUGAUUUGUCCUACCUCUCCUUACGUGUGUGUAUUGGUCUGUGGACGGCCUUUAUGUGUCUUGUGCUGGUUGCCACAGACGCCAGCUCACUGGUGUGUUACAUCACACGAUUCACAGAGGAAGCCUUCGCUUCCCUCAUCUGCAUCAUUUUCAUCUACGAGGCUCUGGAGAAACUCGUUCAUCUGGGAGAGACGUACCCUUUCAACAUGCACAAUGACCUCAACCAGCUCACUCAGUACUCGUGUGUGUGCACAGUGCCUGAAGAGCCCAGCAAUGCCACACUGAAUUACUGGCAGGAAAAAAACAUCACUGCAUCUGAUAUUGACUGGUUAGGCCUGAAUGUUAAGGGCUGUGUGGAGAACAGGGGUGAGUUUGUGGGCAGAGCCUGUGGUCAUCACGGUCCAUACAUCCCUGACGUCCUCUUCUGGUCUGUCAUUCUCUUCUUCUCCACGGUUGCCAUGUCCUCCUUCCUUAAAGAGUUCAAAACUAGUCGUUACUUUCCAACCAAGGUGAGGGCCAUUAUCAGUGAUUUUGCUGUUUUCAUCACCAUCUUGACUAUGGCUCUGAUCGACUACGCUCUGGGGAUCCCGUCCCCCAAACUACAGGUUCCUAAUGAGUUUAAACCAACCAGAGAUGACCGUGGCUGGCUCAUCAGCCCAUUAGGACCAAACCCAUGGUGGACCACUAUUGUGACCUUCAUCCCAGCUCUGCUGUGUACCAUCCUCAUCUUCAUGGACCAACAAAUCACUGCCGUUAUUAUUAACAGGAAGGAACACAAGCUGAAGAAAGGCUGUGGGUAUCAUCUGGACCUGUUUGUGGUGGGUGUGAUGCUGGGCGUUUGCUCUUUGAUGGGCCUGCCGUGGUUCGUGGCCGCGACGGUGCUGUCAAUCUCCCACGUGAACAGCCUGAAGCUGGAGUCCGAAUGCUCUGCGCCUGGAGAACAGCCCAAGUUUUUGGGCAUCAGAGAGCAGCGCUUCACCGGCCUCAUGAUAUUCGUCCUCAUGGGCAGCUCAGUGUUUAUGACCUCCAUACUGAAGCUUAUCCCAAUGCCUGUGUUAUACGGCGUUUUCCUCUAUAUGGGAGCGUCGUCUCUCAGGGGCAUACAGUGUUUUGUAUUUCAAAUCGGCUGCUCAGCAGUCAAGCCCGCCAGCUGCUCCGUUGUCAAGCCCGCCGGCCACUCCAUUGUCAAUGUCAAGCCCGCCGGCCAAUUCACUCCCAAGCCCUCAGCUGACAGUAGCUUUCUCCCUCACCUCAAACCAGAGGAGGAAUCUAAGGAGGAAAAGGCUGUUAGCUCGAGUCUAUGA